ACGUGGAUUUAGCAACAAGGAUAAGCAAUGGCAUCAUGGAAAGUGUCGUACAAAAUGUUGUAAAGACAAAACUGUUUUCAUUAGUUUGUGUACAGGUUUGAGAAGCUGUUAAAAUGGUAUUAAUGACAAUGAUUGGAAGAGCGGCGGAUGGCUUGCCUUUAGCUGCUUCAAUGCAAGCUGACGAGCAAUCUGGUAGAGAAUUCCAAGAGUAUCAGGCACAGGCAAAGCAGAUCUUUAGAAAACUUAGUGAUCGUUCACCUCCAAAAUGCAAUAUUGAAAGUGGGUCUAUGAUGUUUCAUUACAUUAUUGAGAAUGGGGUAUGCUAUCUUACGCUUACCGAAAAAAUGUUUCCCAGUCGACUGGCUUUUGGUUUCCUUGAUGACAUUUCAAAAGAAUUCUGGAAACUAUACAGCUCAGAGAUAUCAACAGUAGUUCGUCCUUAUUCAUUCAUUGAGUUUGAUAAUUAUAUUCAGAAAAGUAGGAAAAAUUUCAUGGACUCAAGAUCUCGAAGAAAUAUCAACAGAUUAAAUGAUGAACUUCAUGACAUCCAAAGAAUUGUUGUUCAAAACAUUGAUGAAGUUCUACAAAGAGGAGAGGCAAUUUCAGAACUGGACGACAAAGCUGGAAAACUAAAAGAUCAGUCAGUAAAAUAUAAGUCAGAUGCACAUUACUUAAAUGUUCGAACUGCAUAUGCAAAAUAUGCAGCUGUUGCAAUUGUAUUUAUCAUUGUCAUAAUUUAUCUCAGAUAUUGGCUUUUUUGAUAACAUUAAAUAGAAAUAUAUUGUAAUCCUGUGAAAAUAAAAUUUAUUGUUUUAAUGGA